AUGAGUCUCGUGACGGCGCCCGCGCACUAUCAAGAGCGCGUCGACGCGAAGGAAGAGUGUCAAAACUGCGGAGCCGCGGAUCGCGCGCUCGCGGUGUGCGCGCGGUGCCGAAGCGCGUGGUUUUGCUCGGUCAAAUGUCAACGCGCGUACUGGCCGUUUCACAAGCAGUGGUGCCGGAGGAAUGAUUUCGCGGACGCGGUGGAGCGACACGAGCCGAAAUUCGCGCGGUGGAUGCGGAAACACGGGAAACAGGCGGUGUUGAAGGAUGGUGGGCGGCGAACUCGAGCGCGAACGCGAGCCCGAUGCGACGAGAGGAGACGAGCGCGCGAACGACGGACUGACGGACGACGGGACGCGACGCGCCUUUUGAACGAUGACGCAGACGAAGUCGAUCGGCUCGAUCGUAACGUGGUGACGCAGGACGACUUGUACGGACGUGCGAAUCCGAAACCGUCGCCGCCGGACUUUGACGCGGAGGACAUGCGAAAGAUGCGAGCGGCGGAGGAGGCGCGAAUGCUCGCGGCGCGAGAGGACACCGAGGACGUCGCGUGGCUCGACAUAAAGGUUCCGGACAACCUUGGCUUGGAGCUCGAGCGGUACAAGUGGAGACAAAAUCAGUCGUUCGUCGAGGUUUUCGUGAAGCUUCCGCGCGGAACGAAGAAACAUGAUUUGGAAGUGUUUCUCUCGUCGACGCGACUCGACGUGCGCGUGCGCGACGAAGUCGUCGUUCAAGGCAAUCUCACCGCCGUCAUCAAAGCCGAGCUCAGCACGUGGGUCAUCGUCGACGGCGUACUCGAAAUUUCAAUGCUCAAGAAGAAUCGCCGCGGGCAUUACGACAAUGGGUGCUCGAACGCAGAUACGUUUUGGCCGAAGCUCCUCGCCGACGCGGAAGCGUCGCUCCCGCUUCCGGCGCCGAGCGAGUACUUCAGCACCGAGUACGAAAUCGAGAAGGAUCUCGGGAACAACGCACGCAAAAGUUCAAGCGCACCGAUGAUUUCUCAGCGCCGCUGA